UGACCCUGAACAGAACUGCUUCACGGAUGAUCGUUUCAAGUUUUCGGAACAUCUCCGAGGGCAGCUCUGCAUGGAAAGCAUUGCAGAAGUCUAGCUUGGAUGCGACUAAGUUAUGUUUCGAACCUGCGGAUGCAAGAGGAAAUCAAGAGGCACCUUCAAGCCCAACCAAGUUUAUUUCAGAAUACGAUGUUUCGUUACGCCCUCCUCGCGUUACUCUGUUGUGCCCCCUUCAUCAGUGCAGGAGCGAUUCGGAAACGCUCUUCUUCCCAUUCUGGUGAAUAUGGUGGGUAUGGAGGGACACGCUUCUCACACUCUGUGAACCAACUGGAUGGACCUAUAACCGCCCUUAGGAUCCGGGUAGAUACGUCAUACAUUAGAGGCCUCCAGGUGCGUUAUGGGAAGGAGUGGAGUGACUACGUGGGGGGCUCAUCAGGUGACCUGCAGACCAUUAUGCUUCACCCCAGAGAAUCGAUCAUCCAAGUCUCUGGGAAGUCUGAUACAUACAUCCGCAAGCUUAAAUUCCAAACCAGCUCUGGACGCCGCUUCUCUUUCGGCGUCGACGCGGGCACCAGUUUCAGCGCCAUUCCGCUCUUCCCUGGAGCUGUCCUGACAUAUUUCAGUGGCCGCUCUGGUUCGUAUAUCGACGCCAUCAGUUUCCACUGGGAUACUAAGCCCACGGCAGCAGGAAGAGACUGAGAACCCAACUGUUCGGUGAAUGGCAGAGUGCAAGGGACAUCUGUCCCUUCCUCCAUUUCUCGUGGGCUUUAGCUGUCAUUCGUGCGCACAAUUAUUCUUUCAGCCACCCCGAAAUUCAAUCAUUUUUCUCCUUGUUCACUUGUUCUGCCACUUCUGGUAGUUUUUCCAGGUACCUACUUCUACUCCUUUCUUCUGUCUACAUAUGGGCACCUAGUCCACCCACUCACACUGGCCACCAGCUCAUCCCGACUUAUGCUCUGUUCUUCAGAGCAGCAGUGGCGUAGUGGUUAAGAGCAGGUGUACUCUAAUGUGGAGGUUUGAUUCCCCGCUCUGCCGCUUGAGCU